GGAAACAAAUAUUAAGAUGAGACGAAUCCAAAUCUGCGUUUCUUUAGUUUUCUUCCUCUUUCUUCUCACUCUCUGCGGCGUGCCUUUGCCUUAAGAUUUCUUCUCGGAGGUUUUCUCGGGACAAAUCAUCAUAUUCGAGAGAUCUGAACGGUUAUUGGCCUAGUCUCCAAUGGGAACGCUUCAGUCAUGGCGAAGAGCUUAUGGAGCCCUAAAAGACACCACUAAAGUCGGCCUUGUCCGAGUCAAUAGCGAUUACGCCGAAUUAGAUGUUGCCAUUGUUAAAGCUACUAACCAUGUCGAGUGUCCUCCCAAAGAUCGUCAUCUCAAGAAAAUUUUCCUUGCAACAUCAGCAAUUCGGCCUCGAGCAGAUGUUGCUUACUGCAUUCAUGCUCUAUCCCGACGAUUGCACAAAACCAGAAACUGGACGGUUGCACUAAAAGCACUACUUGUCUUACACCGGCUUCUGAGGGAUGGUGAUCCGACGUUUAGAGAGGAGCUGUUGAAUUUUUCUCGGAAAGGACGCAUUAUGCAAAUUUCUAAUUUCAAGGAUGACUCGAGCCCAGUCGCCUGGGAUUGUUCAGGGUGGGUACGCACUUAUGCAUUAUUUCUUGAGGAACGUCUUGAAUGCUUCAGGGUUCUGAAAUAUGACAUCGAGGCUGAACGUCUUCCAAAAGUUUCCCCAGGGCAGGAGAAGGGGUAUAGUAAAACAAGGGAUUUAGAUGGUGAAAAACUCCUGGAACAGUUACCAGCUUUACAGCAGCUUCUGCAUCGUCUCAUUGGUUGUAAGCCAGAAGGUGCUGCUAAGCACAAUCAUAUCAUUCAAUAUGCACUCGCUCUGGUAUUGAAGGAGAGUUUUAAAGUGUAUUGUGCCAUCAAUGAAGGAAUCAUCAAUCUAGUAGAAAAGUUCUUUGAAAUGCCUAGACAUGAGGCCAUCAAGGCCCUUGAAAUAUACAAGCGUGCGGGUUUGCAGGCUGGCAACCUUUCUGCUUUCUAUGAAGUAUGCAAAGGAUUAGAACUUGCAAGGAAUUUCCAGUUUCCUGUUUUAAGAGAGCCUCCACAAUCUUUUCUUACAACAAUGGAGGAAUAUAUGAGAGACGCACCUCAGAUGGUCGACGUCACAUCUGGGCCACUGCUUCUGACCUAUACGCCGGAUGAGGGGCUUAGUUCUGAAGAUGUUGAACCUUCACAUGAAGAACAUGAAACAUCAUUGCCUUCAGAUAGUACCAUUGUUACCUCUGAAGAGACACUACCUUCUCCCCAGCCGCUUCCUUCAGCAGAAACUCCACAGAACUUUAUUGAUACAGAUGAUCUUUUGGGUCUGCAUGAUGAUACACCUGAUCCGUUAGCAAUUCUGGACCAAAAUGCAUUAGCUUUGGCCUUAGUUUCCACUGAUGUUGAAUCUUUGCCGUUUGAUUUUGGUCAAGCAAGAGAUUUGGAUCCGUCAGGAUGGGAGCUUGCGUUGGUCACAACACCUAGCAAUGAUCUAUCUGCAGCCACAGAGAGGCAACUGGCGGGUGGAUUAGACACGCUCACCCUGAACAGUCUAUAUGACGAUGGAGCCUUCAGAGCUGCCCAACAGCCUGCCUAUGGCGUCCCGGCUUCCAAUCCGUUUGAGGUCCAAGACCUGUUUGCAUUUUCAAACAGUGUUUCACCACCUUCAGCCGUAAACAACCCAUUCGGUCCCUACCAGCCAACCUAUCAUCAGCAAGAGCAGCAACCACAAGUUCAGGUUGCACCCAGCACUGCAAAUCCUUUUGGUGAUUUUGGGGAGUUUCCAAUAGUUCCGGUUUCAGAACCACAAAGCACCACCAGUUUUGGGGCAUUUCCAGUACCGUUUUCAGAACCACAGAACACCACCGGCUUUGGGGCAUUUCCCGAGAUCCCUGUUUCAGAGCCGCCAAACACCACCGGUUUUGGGGAAUUUCCAGUAGUCCCGGUUUCAGAACCACAAAACACCACCGGGUUUGGGGCAUUACCAGUAAUCCCAGUUUCAGAACCGUCAAACACCACCGGUUUUGGGGAAUUUCCAGUAGUGUCGGUUUCAGAAUCGCCAAACACCUCCGGGUCUGGGGCAUUACCAGUAAUCCCCAUUUCAGAACCGCCAAACACCACGGGUUUUGGGGAAUUCCCGGUUAAUGCAGGUGCCCAUGAGCUACAUAACAGCAACAACCCCUUCGGCAGCAGUGGCUUCUUGUGAUCCCAUAUUCGUAUAUUUCUCAAAAUGCUUCAUUUGUCUCAUAUGAUUCUACUGUUUGUGAGUAAACAAUAAAAUCACAUCUUCUUUCUGAAUCAAUGGCUAGAAAGCUACUUUCUCAGAAAAAAAAAAGCUAGAAUGUCA